AUGUGGGGAGAGCUGCUUGAACUAGAAGCCAACACCACAGAGAGCAGACCUGUUUCAUUUGAACAGGUGGAUCCAGCUGUUCUUGAAGCUGGCCUGGUGGGUGGUAGAGUGCUGGGCUGUUGGAGAGCUCGAGCUGCGAGCCACCGAGCGCGAGCUCGAGCGCGGCGCGCUGGCCGGGGAACCCAAGAGCGCACGGCGCCCCAAGCUGGCAGGCGCCGCGGGACCCCCCACCCUCGCCGGCUGCCCUUCCCCGGGCGCCCCUGCCCUCCUCGCCCGCAGGAGACCCUGGGCUUCCCCGGAGGAGCUCACCCCAAGGGGCCAGGACUCCGGAGAGCCCGCCACCGUCCCCUCGAGUGCCGCCGCCACCACCGCAUCCGCGGGAGCAGCAUGGUCCAGCUGGGGAAGCUGCUCCGCGCCCUGACUUUGAUGAAGUUUCCCUGCUGCGUGCUGGAGGUGCUUCUGUGCGCGCUGGCGGCGGCGGCGGCGCGCAGCCAGGAGAUGUACGCCCCGCACUCCAUUCGCAUCGAGGGGGACGUCACCCUCGGGGGGCUGUUCCCGGUGCACGCGAAGGGUCCCAGCGGAGUGCCCUGCGGCGACAUCAAGAGGGAGAACGGGAUCCACAGGCUGGAAGCGAUGCUCUACGCCCUGGACCAGAUCAACAGCGAUCCCAACCUGCUGCCCAACGUGACGCUGGGAGCGCGGAUCCUGGACACUUGUUCCAGGGACACUUAUGCGCUCGAACAGUCGCUCACUUUCGUCCAGGCGCUCAUCCAGAAGGACACCUCCGAAGUGCGCUGCACCAACGGCGAGCCUCCGGUUUUCGUCAAGCCCGAGAAAGUAGUUGGAGUGAUUGGGGCUUCGGAGAGUUCGGUCUCCAUCAUGGUAGCCAACAUCCUGAGGCUUUUCCAGGUUGAUGGGCGCUACGGGAUAAGGAAAAGGAUGUGAAGCUCACUGAAGAGGCUUGGGUUGGGAGUGCUGGAGGAGUGUACAGUUCCAGAAAUGACGUCUGCUGAAGAAGAACAUGUUCUAGCAAUGAAAUCUUCAAAAGACUCCUGCCGCUGCUCUGUGACUGCGACCCCCAGGUUGUCUUUGGAAGUUUCUAAGGCCUCCUGAGUAGAGACUGGAACAUGGAAGGAGUCGAGAGGCAAAGGAAUCCCAGCAUCACCUGUAAUUUUCUGAAACUGGAGGGAAAGACAAAAGACAAGACAAAAAUUCAGUGAUGAACAAAGCCAACCAUUAAAAAGUAGAGUUCAAAACUUCAA